GACAUCGCGGACUCUUCUACCGAGGGGAGAAAGGAAGACGACACUGGCCCGUCUCUGUCAUCUCCCAUUAUUGGGAAGGCCAUGAACAUGAUCAGUCAGGUGAUACAGCCUGUUGUUGACACCAUCGACUCCGCCAGUAAAGUUACGAAAGCUGUGGUCAAAAUGUUAGCGCGGAGCGAUCGAGACGAUCAAGAAAUGGCGAAAGAGUCGGAUGAAGGAGCGAAGCAGAAGUCGCCCCAACAGGUCUCGCAUCGUUAUUCGGCCGCAGAGGACGCCGGGGUGCCUCACUCUUCUUCAACCGCUGUCGGGAAGGAAAGGACUGUCAUGCAUGCCAACAAAGACGAGGACCAUCUGGUCCAUCUGGUUCCUUCGUCUGAGGAAGAUCGAAAUCAGACAUCAAGGCUUUCAUCGGUAAUGCCGGAAGCUGUGGAGGACAGUUCGUCUGCAAAUAAGGUCAGGAGUGUCAGGAAAGACGACAAUCGUGUUGCGCCAGCAAUGUUCAACGAGUCUGUCAUGGAUGAACUCUGCAAUUUGCAAUAUGAGAUCCAGUUGACCCCCAGACUCUCCCCCAUAUUAGAGGAGACUGGGGAGACAAAUUCUUCUGCUUCCUCUUCAGCCAUCGUGGACAAGAUGGGCUUCCUUGAGGGUGAAUCCAUCUCCAGUCUUUUGGUCCCAUCGGAGUCCACUGCUGUGGCAGGUUCAUCUGUUCCUACUCCUGCCACCUCCACCUCCACUCUCGAGAAGACAAAUAUCAUCCAAAGCGGGAUACCUGCGCAACGUAAGGAAGCGGAGAAGCCCUGCUCCACGGACAUGGAAUUGACCCGUCAGGUUUCAUCAUUAAGUGGCGGGAAGCCCGACGCGAUGGGUGACCACGGAGAUGACAUGAUUUCAAUUGCAGAAUCCUCUGAAGAAGAGGCAACAAAAGCGAGCGCUGCGAUUGAGGCUUGGUCCACCUCCAGACUUUUAAGCGUCUCCCCAGUCUCUUCUACCGCUACGUCUUCUCCCAUCAUUGAGAAGGCCAGAACUAUCAUCAGCCAUGUGAUGCAGCCUGUUGUGGAUACCAUUGACUCCGCCAGCAAGGUUACAAAAACAGCCGGCAAAUCCAUUGCUAAAAAAGUGAAAUCCAUGUGGAAGUAUCGCUCAGGCAGGAAGAAGGGAAAGCGGGGCAAGGGAAAGAGUGACAAAAACGCUGCCAGAAACGGACAGCAAGAUAUUUUGGACAAACACAGUGGGGAGGAGGUGAUAGAGGAGGACAAGAUGGAGGAUGAGAAUGAUGCGGAAGAUGAGGACGAGGACGAUGAGGGGGAUGAGGAAACGAGCACUGCUGAGGUGGACUCAUUCUCCGAGCUUUCAGGCGCAUUCAACGAUGGUGAGGUUGUCGGUACCUCAGAUGCUCCUCCGUCCAUCGUUGAGGACAACACAGUUCCGAAACCCGCAGAUGUCUUGAAUGACGUGGCAGUCGAAGAGUUCUGCUUCUUUGAGGCGGAAUCGUCUUCUGUCAUUUCGACUCCAUUUUUGGACGCGAGCAUGACGAGAUCGUGUGAUCCCACCUCAUCUUCUUUAGCCGUUCCCGAGCAGGCAAAACCUGAAAAUUCUACUCCGGAUAUCCUCGAAGACGAACAACUCUCCUCCAAUUCUAAAUCACCGGAGAAUAAAAUGACAGUCGCAGAGACGGAUGAAGAGCAGGCCAGUGAUAUAAAUGCCCUCCAGUCGGAGGAUGACGGCCCAGAGCACAACAUCUACAGUAUUUUUGAGAACAUUUUCAGAGAGGAGUUUUCCAAAAAAUUAGAAAACUCCCUCAGACAAGGUCUAUGCGAUGCCGUCCGCGUCUACGUCCCUGAAAGAAGCUCAACGGAAUCCCUCGAGAGCACGAACAUCUCAUGCGAGCUGGGUGACCAUUACAGAAAAAAGGAGGUCGAUACUUCAUCGGUGGGUCCGCAAGACUCACUGGAGAGCGGCUCCACCUCAAUCACUUCUUUCGCGAGCUACCAGCAUUUAUCAGAUGCCAGUCUUAAGGGGAUACCGCCGGAGGGACUCGAUUCCAAGAGAAAGUCACUGUGGAAGAGGUGGAAAAUGAGGCGUGCCAGGAAGAUUCUGCCGGGACUUUUGGAGUGCCAUUGUACGCCUCGCGCCUCUGACAGCGUGGCCUCAGACAGCAAAGCCACAGAACCAGCCAUCAAGUCCAUCUUGAAAAAAGUCACGUCAAUUUGGAAGUAGGGCACAGAGAUCCGCAGUUGUUGACUACGAGAGGCAGACGAACACUGCCUGAGGCUCAGGGACCGAUCAGGACUAGAUACCAUCACCACUGGAACCCAUCAUCUAUCAGAUACUGCUCUCUCAUUUACAAGGGAAAGAGACUAGUCUCCUACUACUAAUCCUAUUUAUUUCUUUCCAUAAAAAGUCUGGCAAAUCAAUGUUGUCUUUUUUUUCAGUGCGGUCUACAGAAAUCAUGCU